UACAUUGACGGCGCCAUUCCAUUGUUGGAACCUUGGUAACGCCACAGCAUUCCGUAGCCCUCCAAGUUGCGGAUAGCAGUUUCCAGCUUCAGCUGAAAAUAUCGAAAGAUUGAAGAUUUGUCGGAAGAUAUUAGUAUUUCCUACAGCCAAGAGCUUUGGAAACAUGACCAAGCCUAAGAAGCUUACGAGUACCGAUAAAGAGCCACAGCGCCGUCUUCUUAACCGCGGAGCUAUAAAAAAUGGACUAGGUGGACAAAAAAUUGAAUAUCCGGUUAACAGAGUGAUGCCACGUAACAAAAAGGGACAACCACUCAGCUCUAACCGCAUUGAUGUAAACCUCAAUAAUUUCUUGCCAAAAUUGCCAGAUGCCAAUACUGGUAAUACUAAAAUGAGAGGUGUAAACCCAUAUGCACCAGAGCCUAAGCCUAUAACCGAUGGCACCUCCUACUUGGAUAUAUACCAGAUGAAGCCUGGUUUUCACCUCCCGGAUGUCGAAGAUAAAAUUAAAAUUGCUGCUAGGCACCAGCUCCAAAUAAAAGUAGUCCCAAAGGAAAUAGUUAAGCUUGAGGAUGAAUUAGAUAACAGACCUCGCACAAGAAUGCAUAGAGAGGACAAUGUAACAACAUUAUUAUCGCCCUCUGACCUCAGUGUUAUAUCAUAUAACCGAAGUGACAGUCAAUUGAACAUACAUAUGCCACCAUCAGGAAGAGCUAGUUCUUUACACGCUGGACCACCAACUAUGGCACAUGGAGAAGGAACUCAUCUUUCCUCAUCACCAGAACUACACAUUGAAGGGGCUCUUGUACCACGUCCACCACUUAUGUCAUGUGGAGAAGGACAAGAACAUGCAUAUAUGCCAUGCCCACCAUCUAUGUCACACAAUGAAGAUCGCAUGUAUAUGCCACGCCCACCACCUGGCCCACGUGGGGUGAGACAUGCUUUUAUGCCACAGCAACCAACCGUACAACGUGAAGCAGAUCAAGCACAUUUGCCAACAGUACCAAAAGAAGAUGGCCCUUCCUAUUAUAAGCGUAAAAUGUCUGUGAAACUGGAGGAAAUGGAUAGUCUCCGUCACCCCAAUACGCAGCUUGGGCUUACAGCUGAAGCAUUGAAAAACUGUUUGCCUACUGCACCUUCUGUUCCUCGAUCUGAGAGGAACAUUCGCGGACAGUCGCAACAGAAAGGUGGAGGCAGAAAGACACUUCCUCCACUCCAAAGAAAUAAGACUUAUUAGAUGCUAUAACAUGUAUGCUUUUGUGUCAUAUAUGAUACUAUUAAUUGAUUUUUUACCUUAAUAAUAGAAAUCGAAAGAAAGGGACUGACUUAUGUCAAUGUUAAACACUCAAUUGUGCCUUUAGAUCUUUGUUCUUUUCAAAAACCAUUUGCUCUGGAUAUAACUACUUCGCAGUUAAUAUCAAAAUUUGAAAACUCAUGAUUUAUAAAUGCUUGUGCUUGCUUAAAUACACAUGCUAAUCCCAAUAGCAACUGCUUGUGUUAGCCAAGGAGUUUCGAUUCAAGUAUAUGGACUGUUCUGAUUGAACUUAAGCAUAUAGAAAAUUGCCAAAAAAAAAAUACAAAAAAAUAUAUAUAUAUAAAAAAAAAAAAAAAAAAAAAAAAUAUUGUAUUACAAAUACUAUAAAAAAAUAAACAAACAUAUAGAUUUGUUUUAUUGUGCACGAAGUUGUUGAUUUCAGAACUCAGUUAGUUGAUAGAUCAAAAUUUAAAUAAGCUCCAACAAAAUUUAUUGUUGUUUUUGUUUGUUUGGUGCUAAAGUGGAAGGGGAAAGAGUGAGAACUGAAAUCAAGCCUUAAUUUUUUACCUUGCUCCCAUCUUGUCACCAUCAAUUCAAACAAGUAUCUUUAUAUACUUCUUUCAAUAUCAGAUGUUAUUUAACCAUUACACUCAACCCCUAUAAUAUCAAUGUUAAGCAAGUGAAUAGUGUGAGUUGUAAGAAUACCAUCGAGUU